ACGACGACCAGAGUUGAAAAUUAACACUUCCAGUGUUAUUUUUUUCCAAGGUGAACAAUUCUGUCUCAUUUCAGUUAUCAUAGGUAAUGGAAACAAACAAAGAAACCACUCCCCAGUGGAAAACGACGAUUAUAGCCAGCGCAUCACUCCAGAACCAUGAUGUUAAUAGGAUGCUAACUGCACAGCAGCACAGAAUUAGGUUUUCAGUCGGUGUGGAGUCCGGAGCCUUCAUUUUUCCUCUGUCAGGUACUGCAUUUCUGUUGGUUGACCCUCGAGAUGUCUCCGGACCUGUUGAGCAAUCCGGGCUCAUUGAGAGAAUAAAUAAGUUUGUGCAAGUACAUCGGAAUAGCUUCCUGCUUCUGUACGCCCCCUUUAACGGAAAAAGAGAGAUGGAAAUAUUGUCAGCCAUUCAGCACAGGUUCUUUGGAAGCAAUCUGAGGAUCCUACCUGUCCGAAACAAUGCUGAGAUUGUCAGAGGAAUGUUGACAAUUGCCAAGGCCACCAGUAAGCCCCAUGUUGACAGUAUCCGCAACCGCAUGUCUCUGGCUCGUGCUCACAUCAUUGAAAGCAGUCCUGUGUGGGAGAUGUUAAGAGACAUGCUGUAAAGCUCAGCAGGUGAUCCAGUAUGUUUUCACAA